AUGACUACCAGCCACUCGAACCCGCAAGAUUCUAUGAGGUCCACUUGGCGGAGGAAUCAAAGCCAGUGGACCAUCUAUCACAAACUGCUCGAUUCGGGUAAUUUGCAUCACAUCGAUUUGGAUCGAGAAGUCCCAAAAUUCUCCAAAGAUACCAAAGUGUCUUAUCUUGCUGAUUGGCAACUUAACCGUUUCGUCCUUUUUUACACGGUAAUACCGUUUGCUAUCCAUGAAGUGUAUUGGCGACUGGUGGGAAACAACUUCGGGCCUCUUAUUGCAUUCUUCUUUUACCAACAGGCUACCAAAGUGAUGAUGACUAGGGCUUUGCAUUCUUUCAAGGACCUUGGACACUCCAUCGGCUUCUUAGACGGCGACAAUCACGACCGUGACGGAGUACCAGAUGUGGGCGUUAGAAAAACAUUUUUGACCAUCACUGCGGGGGGUAUUAUGCGUGCAUUUGCCACUGUUUACCUUUGCUACUCAACCAACGAGCCCCCAUCCUCUUUGCACUGGGGAUUUCUCAUCCCGGAGAUUGGCCUUUACGGCCUUAUCCUAGACUUUUGGUUCUAUUGGUACCACCGUUUGAUGCAUGUUGUCCACGGGCUGUGGAGGUUCCACCGUACACAUCAUCUCACCAAGCAUCCAAACAUGCUGCUCGCUGGGUAUGCAGACAUAGAGCAAGAUUUCUUUGACAUUCUCGGAAUACCAUUGAUGACAUUCUGGACUAUGAGGUGCAUUGGACUGCCGAUGGGAUUCUAUGAAUGGUUUGCCUGUCAACAGUUCAUCACCUUCUCAGAGGUCUCAGGUCACAGUGGUGUCCGUAUGUAUGCCUCGGCUCCGGGACCCUUGACAUGGCUAUGGAGGCUUUUUGAUGCAGAGCUAGUCAUCGAGGACCAUGACCUGCAUCACCGUUUUGGAUACAGGAAAAGUCAUAACUACGGGAAACAAACACGCGUGUGGGAUAGGGUCUUCGGCACCUGUAUUCCUCGAAUUGAGUGCGCCAAAGAUAAUGUUGACUUUAACAAGAAGAUCAAACUGGCCUUGUACUGA